AUGAGUACGGACGCUGAGAUGCAAAUCUACGGCAAGGCUGCCAUAUACCUCCGUAAAUCUGAGAAGGAGAGGAUGGAGGCACAAGCCGCACCCUUUGAUUCAAAAAACGCCUGCUAUGUGACAGACAAGGUGGAGCUGUACCUUAAGGGUUUAGUCACUGCCAGGGCCGACGGGAAGUGUACUGUGACAGUUACCAAACCUGACGGCAGUAAGGAGGAAGGAAAAGAGUUCAAAGAUGCAGACAUCUAUGAGAUGAACCCCCCUAAGUACGACAAGAUUGAGGACAUGGCCAUGAUGACCUACCUGAAUGAAGCCUCUGUGUUGUAUAACCUCAAAGAGCGUUAUGCAGCAUGGAUGAUCUAUACCUACUCUGGGCUCUUCUGUGCCACGGUGAACCCCUACAAGUGGCUCCCUGUGUACGACGAAGAGGUUGUCAACGCCUACAGAGGGAAGAAGAGGGUGGAGGCUCCACCCCAUAUCUUCUCCGUCUCUGACAACGCCUUUCAGUUCAUGAUGAUUGAUAAGGAGAACCAGUCCGUCCUGAUUACUGGAGAAUCCGGUGCAGGAAAGACUGUCAACACCAAGCGUGUCAUCCAGUACUUUGCCACCAUUGCAGUGUCUGGUGGCAAGAAGGAAGCAGACCCCAACAAAAUGCAGCUGUGA